UCUCAUCAGCAGGGUUAUUCAUGCGCUCGCCUUCUCCGUCACGCUCUCGAGCAAAGCCUACGGAACGAACUCCGUACAGCAGCUUUACGGGUACGUAAUGGCCGAGGAAGCCUUCACUUUCAUUGGUGCCACCCUUCCUUGGCUGCAGCAUGGCUGAGGUCAGGCGUUCAGAAGUUCUGGCUGCAUCACGGUCCCGUACGGGAUGGAUUGAUGAACCCCCACCUACGUCUACAUCUCCUACAUCUCCAGCAAAGCCCUUCAUCUCAAGUCUGCGCUCAACUUUUGAGCAACGAACGAACCAGACACAAGAUGGUGCUGAGAGGCGACGCGUGGCACCGGCAGGCUCCAAGGCAGGGUCUAAGGUCAGCUCAAUUGCACAUAUGUUCCAGGCCCGUGAUGAUUGCAAAACUGCCUCCAAUGAAUCGCUCUCACGCACGUCCCCCCUAGAGCCAAACACAACCGAGGCAGCAAGACCGUCGGGACCGCCAACAUUAACACGGAGUGACAGUCAUGUUGCACGGUUUUACAAUGCGCGCGCCAUGUUUGAGCGUCUGCAGGAGGCAUCCAAAAAACCCCAGCCUGUGUCGGGGCGCAAAGGAAGUGUGGCCAGCUCUCCAGCUAGCUCUCCAUCCUCUGCCACCCCUGCCACAUCAUUUCCCAAAUGGAACGAAGAGGGGCCUGCCGAGGAAUGUUCUCAAAGCCUUGUAAAUGGAGACUCCCAGCACAGUGCCAAAGGUAGUACUGAGGCAGUCAUUGGCACUGCCAGAAAUGGGCCUAGUUCUACCAUUUCCAACGGUGUUACAAGGUCAGAGCUGCCAGGAACAUGUGCUGGAAAAGAUGCUGCAGCCUCUGAUAUUGAACCUCCUGUUAAGGUGCCACAGCACAAAAAGCCAUCUGCGCCGCCACGGGUAGAAUCAUUGAGGCGGUCAUCCGAAGAUGGUCUCUUGCAGGCAGAGUUGCCACGACCACUCGAAGAUUCCAGUGCUGUGCUGCAGGAACCUCCAGUCCCUCCGCACUGUCAGCCUGUGGGUGAAGAAGCAAAUCAAGCUCUCUCAUCUGCUCAAAGUAGUUCUACUUGUUCAUUGGACUCGGGGACUGGGGAAUCUCGAAUUUCAGACCAUGCGAGUGAACGAUUGGAUGCACCUUUGCCAAAAAACUCUGUGCCUGUGUGCUCAAACCAACCACAGCAGGGGCAUAGCGCCGCGCACCUAAAAGAAGAUAGCCUAUUCUGUGCUGACCCCGGUGAAACACAAGAAGUAGAGAAGAGCUGGGGAGCUUUAGAAGGAACUGACAGUGCCAAACAGCCUUUAGGAAGUGUGUUUGCUCGGGCCAACAAUACCAAGCCACCGUUGCCUUCUAAACCUCCAGUGCUCCACCAUGCUUCCUCCAAGCAUGACCCUUGUCCAUCAGUUGAAAUGGAUGAUGUGCCUCAUUGGCCUCAGCAAGAUUAUGUUGGCCACAAUGGUAUCAGCGAGCCUCCUUCCAACAGCGUUAUUCUCUAUACACUAGCGGCAGCGUCAGGAAGAUCUACAAUGCUUUUACAACAGGACACUGUCUGCCAUGACAAGUACAGCAACAACAGUGGUUUAAAGCAUGCCGCGGGUGAAACCUUGGCAGAACUUGGGACGCGGGAGCACGAAUUAUUCAACGUUGAAGCAGUCAUAAAUUCGCGAUCAUACAAAGGGGAUCCAUUUGGAGAUAUUAACCUUGAUGCUCAAGUGGACGGCAGUGGUGUGGAGUUUAUGACACAGGAGGAGGCAGAUAAACUACUUAGUUCAAGCCGCCAACAAGAGAUAUUGAGUGAUGAAGAAGCGCAAGAGGUAAGACGGCUGCUUGUGUUGCGCACACCAUCGCCAACGGUGGCUGAAGAUGAGAGUCGGCCACCCAGCGUAGUGCUGGUGGAGGAGGAGGGCGUCGCCUACCAUGUGCUGCCAGAUGGACACUUCUUUACUGAACAGCCUGGCCUGGCAAGCGACGACGAAGAGGAGCCAUAUCCUGUGCCCUUUCAGCCACGCCCGUCACGUGUCAAAUUCAGCACUGAACCCAUCAAGGUUUUCAGCACACAUUCAGUUGACGAGUAUGAUAGACGGAACGAUGAAGUGGAUCCAGUAUCGGCAUCGGCAGAAUACGAGCUUGAAAAAAGAAUCGAAAAGAUGGAUGUGUUUCCUGUUGAACUUGUAAAAGGCCCAGAAGGACUGGGUCUCAGCAUUAUUGGCAUGGGAGUUGGUGCCGAUGCUGGGUUGGAAAAACUGGGAAUUUUUGUCAAAACUAUUACAGAGAAUGGAGCUGCCUACAAGGACAACAGAAUACGUGUCAAUGACCAAAUAAUAGAAGUUGAUGGAAAAUCUCUGGUUGGUGUCACACAAGCCUAUGCUGCUUCAGUUUUGCGAAAUACAUCUGGUCUUGUUCGGUUCUUGAUUGGGCGUGAACGGGACUCGACAAACAGUGAGAUAGCGCAGCUCAUCUACCAGUCGAUUCAGGCAGACAGGGAACGGGAGGCUCGGCUCAAAGGUGUGGCCCAAGAAGUGGUGCCUGGUAGUGGGCUGGACUCCCUUGCUUCGACUCCUGACGACGAAGUGGAUGAAUUGGCUCCUGGUGCCAGCUUCGAGCUUUCAAACGACAGCAGCGAUUCCCUCUCGCCUGACGCCGACCCAGACAACUUACGGCUGCGGUUCAAGGAAACACAAUACCGUCUGGCAGUGGCUGAGGCAGAGGCACGGUCUGUGCGUGAGCGACUGUCAUUGGCUGAAGGUGAGCGGCGAGAUCUGGGCCGUCUGCUUGAGGGGGCCCAGGGACGGCUGCAAGAGGCUGAAGCAGCGGGCCAGGCGCUGCGGUUGGAAGCUGCCCAGCAGCGCCAAGCAGCUCAUGAUUUGCGCGAGCGUUUGGUUGCCCUUGAGGCCAAGUAUGCUCGUGCCAAGCGCUUGCUACGAGAUCUGCAGCAGCGUGCCCAUGAGGCUCGCCAGCGUGAAGAGUACCACCUGCACCAGCUGCACGAGAAGGAUCACGAGUACAAUGCCCUUGUCAAGGCCCUCAAAGACAGGGUCAUACUGCUUGAGAACUGCUUGACAGAGACACAGAAAGCAGCUGGUGUUCCUGUGCAGUUGCCGUAUGAUAACACUAUGAAGCUUCUUACACCUCAAAUGAAGAAGCGAAGGCCACCACCUCCUGCAGUUCCUCUUUCAGAACUGGACAGUGAUGAUUGCCUGAGGUGUGAAUUGAGUCCUGAUGAAGUGUCUGGUGAUCACCGAAGAUCAACAGUAGAGCGGCGUGGCGCGGGUGAUGCAUUUGAUCGAGCGGUGCCUCAUACUGAGCUUCUGGAUUCGACUGCUGCGAAAGCUAAGGCUGAGCUGGCUGCCAAGGGCAGCCUUGCGAACCGACAACCCCCUUCCGUGUCGGCUCUCAAGAAGCAAACAAGCACUGACCUAGCUUCUCCUGAUGAGCAGCAGGAUCUGAACACAUCUAUCAACAGCACAGGGUCAGAGACAUCAAUUCAAAGCUCAUCUCAUUUAUCUGAUACAAGCAACGCAUCUGACUCUUCACCUACUAGACCUCUGUCCCAGCAGCUUGGUGAUGACUUUAAGUCAGCGGUCCUUCAGUGGCAAAAUAAGGGGCACACUGAGAGCUCUGGGUCCCUGGGCUCCUUGGACAGCCCACCUGGAAGGCGAGUCUCCUCACUCUCAUCACCAACAGACUCCCAGCAGAGCCUCUCACCAGUCCCCACACCACCACCUCAUGCUCAGAAAGUUACCCUGCUCACUCAUAAGAAGAUUGAUGGCAGCUUGCCUCGAGACUGUGGCAGCAGUAGCAGCUUGCGGUCUAGCAGCAGCAACCAGGGGGAGUCCAGCGGACGUGAACGGCGAGAAGAAGUGCGGCCACAUCACUGGCAGAGUGGCCCUGUGGAUCGCUGGAGCGUGUCCCAGGUGGGCCAGUGGCUGGUGGUGCUGGGCCUCGAAGCGCAUGUGGCCACUUUUGCCACUCAGGGCGUUGGUGGUGAGGCUUUGCUGCAGCUAGACAGUGCCCGACUUAAGGAGCUGGGAGUGGUGUCUACAAGUGAUCGGUCUUUGCUGAAGAAAAAGAUCAAGGAGCUUCGUUCCCAGCUGGACAAGGAGCGCAAGGCCCAAGAGAAGGAAUUGCGUGCCCGUGAGAAACUCCAGCGCAAGGCAGACAAGGCAAAGCGCAAGUGAGCCCACAGCUCGUUGGCUGAGAACAGUCAUGGUGGCUUUUACCUUUGUUGCCACUCUCCUUGGAGAAUUCAUGUGAGCUAGCGUGUGCUAAGUUCAUUCCGAACACAACGAACGUCACACUCACUAUGUGCAUUGGGCAGCCCCAGGAAUAAGCUACCUGAGAACAUUCUCCUCCGGGAAGGAUGUGAUGCUGCAUAUAUUUUUUUGUUUAUUUCAACAUGCUACGCUUUGAGGCAGUCUCUGGAACAGAGAUCUUAGAGGGAAUGAUGGCUCAUGAGUGUUCCCGUUAUUGUCUUUCCUCGUUUGUUUGCUUGCACAUAUGGCGGAAGCCCUUAUUAGUAUGUAAAUGCACAUGCACACAUAUAUUUAACAAACAUUCCUUUUACACCAGAGUUUAUGUGACGCCUAUGGGUUGUAACUGAUCCCCUGGCAGCUAGAGAAAGUCCCUUGUAUUGUUGCUGCUGUUAAAGCAGGAAGUGGUUAUUUUUUGUCCUGAACACUACCACUCCCUAUUAUUCCCCCACCCCCUAUCCCAUUGUAUGUGUGUAUGUGUGUAACAAUUAUGUUUGUGUUUCGCCCUUUUAGAUAUCAGUGUGUCAUUUCACAAAGGUUCUUGUUUGUCCCCCAUCGCUUACCGAGCUCACUCCUCAAGAUGUCAUUGUAGUUGUGGCUCCGUGUACCAUUUUGUACAUUUCAUAUGAGUACCUAGUAUUUGUUGUGUUCUUGUUGAUCUUAGUCAUGUAGGAUGUCAUGGGGCAGUGAAUGAGUGUUUUGAUUCUUGAGGGCGUGCACGCAGGCUAUUUCUUCUUGAAUCAUUAUUCACUUGAUUUUGCUCCCUCUGUAUUCUGUGCUAUCUUCCAUUUGCUCCGCUCGUACAGCACUGUACUAUUCCAGUGCUUGACUUAUGGUAACUCGCUGUCGCUUGGCAUGCGUGAAACUCAAAAAAAAGCUUGCCCAAAGUUUUGGCUAUAAUGUGUGGGUGCUACUUCUGUUAUUGCACUUUUUGUUUCUCAAUAUACCUCUGUGCAUAUUACCAAAAUUGGGGCCAUUUCUUUUAAAGACAGGGUACCAUGGUUGUACAAUAGAACAUUGCUGUUGUGAGCUGCUUUGUAGUUAACAUAUUGAACCAUUAAGAAUAUACAUUGUCAGCCACUAUUUAAGAUUUAUAGGUUACUGUGGCAUUGUAGCUGCUCAUAAUGAAAUAGCUUUUGUUAACAGACCAGGUUUCAGAAUAGAAACUCCAACACUUAUAUUGGUUGGUGGUAGUCUUUUUUUUUUUUCUGCCUAUUUUCCAGCUCACAUAUUUUAGAACACAAUAAUGUGUAAGGAGCAAUAUUCAUUGUACUGAUGCUGCAAGUGUCAAGUAAUAAGUUUGCAUUAUGUGCAGACUUGUAGAGGAAGUGUCCUCCCAAAUUGCAGGUCAAGUGGCAUUAAGUACUGAAUAUGUUGCAUUGAAAUUGUACCCUAUAGUUAAAUGCGGGAUACAACAUGCACUUUAAGCCAAAGCAUACAAGAGAGCCUAUAUGGUCAGCGAUGGACACACUCAAAUGGCUUAGCUGCAUUGCUUAAAGUAUGCUGCUUGCAAAAUUAUUUUUUCCUCGAGAUAGCUGUUGUAAGCCACUGCAGGCGAAAACAUCUGCACUCUCACACAUGUACCGUACAAAUGAAAUUAAUGUGCAGCUUUGUUUUUAAUGAAAACUGUGAAACUUUACAUUUGUGUUCUUGUCGCAGGGUACUUUCACCUCAAGUGGAGGGGGAAAAAAAACGCUUCUGUUGUAGUGAGAAUACCGACAUGUUGAAGGUGUCUUUUGCCUAAUGAACUGUACAUGCUACAGCAGUGUUCUACUGUACUAGUAUUUAAUCUAUGCCAGAUGCUUUGCAGAAGCUUUUAUUUAGAGAUUGCAGAAGUUAUGGUGUAUUUUACCCAUGUUAUAAUUUGUGAAGUAGAGCUGUUGUUUCAGGGUGGCCGAGUGAAUAGCUCAGUCCUGUCUUUCCCAGGUAGAGCUGCAUUUGAUUGCAUGAAUUAUCAUGCAGAAUACCAGUCUAUGAGAAUUUGUCUUGUGUUGCAUUACUGGCAACUGCUAUGCACUUUUUUAACUAUGUUGACUGCUCUUCUUUCUAACUGUGCUGGUUGUGAAACUGAAGGUGCUGGUUUUAUGACAGAAUUUGCAGUAUGUUGAGUAGUACUUCACAACCUCAAAGACUUUAGCUGCAAAAGAUUUUAAGCAAUGUUUAUCUAUGCUGAUGGUAUUCACUCAUUCUUAUUGUUUUGUUUUUUUUUUUCAUAUGUAAACUUGUGGCAUUUCUGCAUUGCAGUCAUUAAAAAAAGCCAUGGGCAAUUCAUACACUGCCUUUUUGUAUAUUAUAUUGAACAUGUCACAUUUUCAGACUGUCAAAUGUCUCGGCUCAUAGCUGUGUGUGUGGAGUGUGUGCAAGUCUCAUGUGAUGGGACUUGAGCAUAAUUGGGCUAAGCACAAUGUUUCUAUGAGUUGCUAUCUAACACAUGGAAAUGGAUGCAGAUUGGAUUCGAUGAAUUAAAACAUACUACCACUCUUACUAAGGCAGUGAGCCGCAGUAUAAAGGCUAUCUGAACUUGAUUCAAGUUGGCCAUUAUUUAAACUACUGGCUUCAAACUACUGUUAUGUUAUUCUAGCUUUAGCAAAGGAUGAUUUGUUGGGUGUCCCAGCCGAUAGCAAACGUGUAACAGAUGGCUUGGCCUUUAAAACUUCAACCGUAUUGUGCUAUGCUGGUGCUUUUGCAUUCAAUAUAUUUUGUAGCUUUUGAAUGGUUUUUCUAAAGUAUAGGUUAUAGACUGCUGAAUGUGUACUUUCAUCAAGGGGAAAUGCAGAAGUGAACCAAACCUUUGAUGUUUGGCCCUUUGUCACUUCUGAGGACCCUGCCACUCAUCUCUUUCAAAGAUGAUAGGCUCCUGGCAUUUCUGACUUUGCUCACUGUCUCUUGACAGAUGAACUGCCCUUCUCUGAUGCACUUGACUAAUUGCUGUAGGUUGCUGGCAGAGCAUCAGAAUGUUAAGAGAAGCCAUUUACUGAGACAGAUGGGUGUCCCUGUGUAACGAAAAAGAAGUCUUAAUAUAUGUGUGUAUGAAAAAAAAAAGACUGAAAAAAGAAGUUUAGCAGUCACGGCUGGCGAUAAAGGUAAUAUGAGUGUGGUGGUGUGGUGAUGUAACAUUUUAAUGAAGUACUGUUUGACUAGCCUGCAAUAAGAAAUCUUUUUCCAGUCCGGAUGGAAAAACUGCUUUGUAACUUUGCCAGUGGUCCUGAAAUUGCUCAUUUGGUGCAACACAAUGUUUUGUCACACUGGCAGAUUGGAUUAUUAAUGAAAUAGGCAUAUGCCAGAAUGCUAUGAACCUGAAACAACCAAGGUAACUUCAGAAUGGUGCAGAAGGUGCAUAGGUUCAUGCUAGGUUUCUUUUGCUCAAAGCAUCUAGAGAGCACAUGAACAAAUGCUGAAGUGUAACUCCAGCUUUCCUGUCGGUUGGCUCUCAUUUUACUCUGCAGGUCCUCGACGCUUGCGUGACAGUUUUGUGUACUUGCUGUGAUAGCACCUAAAAACUUGGAUGUUUUUCAUUUUAUGUUUACAAAUACACAUACUUAAAGUGAUGCUCGAACUAAAAUCACUUUUUUUUUUCUUUUUUACCAAUAUGUGCAUGCAAUGCACACGUAUGCCGGUAGGAGUAGUGCUUGUAGUGUUGUAGCACAAGGUCUGCUCUUUCAUUUGGAAGGACUUCAAUAGUAGGCACAGACCUUGAUGUAUUUUGUACAUGUCAUCUCUUGAAGGCUGCAUAUGUCAUGGGGUUGUGACUGGGGUUAUCAAAUUUGCUUGAAUAAAUCGGGAUGAUGACAGUACAGCAAUCACAGCUACCUUGUGUACACAUGCACACACAAGUUUUGAAUAAGCAAUUAACAUGAAUCGGAAGGAAUUAAACUAGGAAGGAGCAUUACAUCAUGUAGCUAGCCUUUGGAAAUCAAUUCUUCGUGGUGCCAUUCUCUUUGCCUCUUUCGAAACAGUCAGCUCAUACAAGGUCUUGCUUGGCGAGCUUGGCUUGGUGGGCUUGGUUCCCAGUUGGCUUUAACUGCCAACCACGUGUUCCAGUCCUUUGCCAACCACUCUGUGCGAAUCCCCUUCCCUCCUAUCUGUAAUCUAUUUCCCAUCUGCCAGCAUAGGUUAGCUAACCAUAAGCUUUUCUGGUUAACCUUCCUGCCUUCUGUCUUUUAUUCUUUCCCUUCUCCAGGUGUAUCCACAAUACUAACCGUGUGCUGACUCUGAGGGCAAAAGCAUGAUGGUGGAAGACACCAAAAACCUACUCUAGAAUGCGCAUGUGUAAAACCAACUUGCGUGAUAUAAGUCUUGCAGUGCUCCCUCCAAGUUCUUUCCUUCUUCCAUGUUCACAUACUUCUAGAAGAUCUUGUUUUGACUUUGGAUGUAAACAGUGAUGUUUAUUAUUGUAACUUCUUUGUGAAGAUCGAGGUGCUAGGGCUCAUGAUAGGUAUGAAGACAAAAAGUUUAAUAUAUUUGUGUGCCCCAUAAUGACUAGAGGCACAUUUGAAAUUGUGCAUGUCUUUGUUUUAAAGAAGGCUUUCACUGAUAUAAAAGGCCUGCAUCUUGAAUAAAUUUUCUAUAAAAAAUUUGCAUUGUGUAGUAAAUUAUGUAGCUAUGAACUCGUAUGAUCUGAGUUUGAAGAAAUAAAAUUGUGGUUUUUAUGCAGUCAUA